AUGGCUUCUCCUCGCGGAAACUCGGGCCAGUCCGCCCCCCUCAUGUCUCAAGACCUACAGCCUAGCACUGCCGUCGGGUUCCAACAGCAAGGCACAGUGGACUGGACCAGAAUAUUGAGUGGGAGCGUCACAUUCUCUGUCGAUGUUUUGUCACGAUUAUCGAAAGCAGGUAUCGAAGCUUUCACCGUCUAUGCCGCCAGGGCAAUCUUUUCUAACGCCAAGCUCGGACCUAAUGGCGAAUUACGUCUCCAUCGAGCCCUCGAUAAGAUCAGUGCUUUCCCUUCAUUUGGAAAGGUCCUCUGGUUUGGGUUCGGGCUCAAGCACAUCAUAUGGAGCAUGCAAGAAUCUACAGAGGAUCUUAAUUGCCUUGGUAUUUGUGCCUGUCUGACAGAAGGAUUCUCUACAAUUGUGGCUGCAAAGAUUGUACGAGAGCUCUUCCUCCUAUACGAUCCACCAGCAGAGCUUACCCCAGCGUUGAGGCAAUGGAUUUCGCUAGUUGAGUGCUCUGGGGGACUGCUGGCAUCAUCGGAGUUCUGGGUCGCCAAGGGACAUCGCGCUCGUCUUAAAGAAGUCUUUGAAGUCUCAGCGGGACGCCUUGAUCGCCUUUUCUUGUCAGGCGGUACAGAUUGCGCUUGGAUCGCCGCAGUAGCUCAUUGGCUUCUGGAUCUCAGAGUCGAUGUCCAGGAUGAGGAUGGCACGAUUAUCUAUCGGCCUGAUGGCACCCGAAGUAAAUCAUCUCCAGGUGCUCAAGUUAUCAUAACUUACCAUCAAGGGCGUUCGAGUGACUUAAUUCAAGUUGACAGCAGACACUAUAUCAUUCGCAGCGGCGAAAUGCUAUUUAAACAUGCAGAAUAUCAGGAUAUCAUGUCAUACGGCAGGGUCUCAUGGGAAAGCUGCUUGGUUGAUACCUUUGGCGGCCCUAUGAGACUUCUGUUGGGAGCUCAAGCCCGGAUUACAGGAGCCUGUCUUGGCUCUGCCGCACGCAUCUUCCUGGCCAUCAUGAGAGAUGGUGAGGGCCAUGAGGAAUAUCCUCUAAUAGAUAAUCCACGAGACACCCAUCCACCAGUAGCCGAAUCUAGUUAUGGGAGAGGAUUUUAUCUGUCGGCUCGGCACUUGCUUCCGGAACUCGGCCAAAACUCAGUCCUGGACCGAUCAAUGGAGGCGGCUAUGAGCAAAGGAUACGUCGAGGCCACACAACAGUUUUCUCAAGCUUUCACCUCAUUGCGUCAACUAUGUUCAUGCACCAACUGCCGCCCAAAUGGAGACGAAAUGGGAGAGGAGACCACCUUCUGCCUGCUGACACUGAUACGAACCAUUUGUACGCUUAUCAGAGCUAUACCGACUAUUUGUAUGCAGAAGGGUCUCGAAGUGCGGCCUACGCGCUCGGGCUUAGAGAGCUUGUAUAGGGCCCACGACAAAAAAUUGUCAGAUUCUGACCCGGUCGGCCAGGGCCUAAUGAACUCAUGA